AUGGCUGCUUGUGCUUUGCUCGGUGAUCACAAUGGAGAGCAUAUAAGCGGCAAUGGCAGCAGCAACAACAACAGCCAUGGCGGAGGAAGCCCAUCUUGUCCGAUGACAAGCACCACAAACUCCAACAGCCAAGGCAGCAGCGUAGAGCAGCAACCACCUCGCCAGCACCAAAACCAACAGCAGCAGCAGCGACAGUCGACAGAGGGAUCGAAAAUGGUGAGAAAGAGAAUGGCUUGUGAGAUUGAAGUUCAAAACUACCCAACAAGCAGAAACACAAGUGCUUCUGAUUAUAUGAGGCUUUCCCGUCGGAGCAGCAGCAUUAUUAAUAAUAAUCCAAAUCCAAAUGCGACCAAAGUGAAUAAUAAUUCUAUGGUUUAUCCCAACUACUCCACUAUGCUGUUACCAGUACCAUCUUCCACAAAUUUGACAACUUUGACGUCAGCUGGUGGGGCUUUAUCACCUGCUUCUGCUUCUGCUUCUUCCGCUGCUGCUUCUGCUGCCAACUGGGGUCCUAUUGACCCACUGUCACUUCAUCACCAUCAUCAAUCAGGAGCGCUUCCUCCUCAUCAGCUUCAGCUUCAGCCCAAGACCCUCACCCCUGCCGUUUGUGGGUUUUCGGGUCUGCCUUUGUUCCCACCAGAAAAGACGACUCCUUCGAAUCAAAGUACUGCAACUCCAUCCUCCAUAUCCAUAUCCAUGGAAGACAGCUCCUCCGCCACGGCGUGGAUCGACGGCAUCAUCAAGGACCUCAUCCACAGCUCCACCAACGUCUCCAUCCCUCAGCUCAUCCACAACGUCAGAGAGAUCAUCUUCCCUUGCAACCCCAACCUCGCUUCUCUCCUCGAGUACAGGCUCCGCUCCAUAUCCGAGCCGCCUCCACCUCCUCCUCCCAUCCCGAACUUUAACCCCGCCACAGUACCAGAGCUCAGGAGAAGAAGAGAAACCUUACAGCUUCAGCAGCAACAAAACCAACAUCAUCAUCAUCAUCAUCAAGGUCCUGGGGCUCUCAAGCUCAAUCUUGACUCGGCUGCCCUACAUGACGUCGCCAUUUUCACGAACCCAACAACAGUUGAGACUGCUUCUGUUGCUACCCACGUGAUGAACAGCAAUGAUUUGUACUUGCACUCAUGGACAGGAGGUGGAGGAGGAGCUGGUCCUACCCCUAUCACCUGUAGCCAAACAAACCCUCACCACCCAAACUCUCCUUUCAAUCAGGCAAUUCAUCAUACACAAGAUAAGCAACUAGAAAACUCUUCAUCCUCAUCCCCUGCGGCCGAGUCCACAACACCCACUGCUGCACCCGCCACCACUACAGCCACAACAACCCCCACUCCACCGCCAACAACACCAUCGGCGGCAGUGUCCCUAAUCAGAGAGAGAAAAGAAGAGAUGCGGCAGCAAAAGCGAGACGAAGAAGGCCUACAUCUCCUCACCCUCCUCCUUCAAUGCGCCGAGGCCGUCUCGGCCGACAACUUCGACGAAGCCACCAAAAUCCUCCUUGAAAUCUCCGAGCUCUCCACCCCAUUCGGCACCUCCGCCCAGCGCGUCGCCGCCUACUUCUCGGAAGCCAUGUCGGCGCGCCUCGUCAGCUCCUGCCUCGGAAUCUACGCCUCCCUCCCUCCCUCCUACGUCCCAAUCAGCCACACCCAGAAAAUGGUCUCCGCCUUCCAAGUCUUCAACGGCAUCAGCCCCUUUGUCAAGUUCUCUCACUUCACCGCCAAUCAGGCGAUCCAGGAAGCGUUCGAGAGAGAGGACAGGGUGCACAUAGUAGAUCUCGACAUCAUGCAGGGCCUGCAAUGGCCUGGGCUUUUCCACAUCCUGGCUUCGAGGCCAGGUGGGCCCCCCUACGUGAGGCUUACCGGGCUCGGGACCUCCAUGGAGGCGUUGGAGGCCACCGGGAAGCGUCUGUCUGACUUCGCUGAUAAAUUAGGGCUUCCGUUCGAGUUUUUUCCUGUGGCGGAGAAAGUGGGGAGUUUGGACCCGGAGAGGUUGAACAUCAGCAAGAGAGAAGCUGUGGCGGUGCAUUGGUUGCAGCAUUCGCUUUACGAUGUCACUGGUUCCGAUUCCAAUACGCUCUGGCUUUUGCAGAGAUUGGCACCAAAAGUAGUGACGGUGGUGGAACAAGACUUGAGCCACGCGGGCUCCUUCUUGGGGCGGUUUGUUGAGGCCAUACACUACUACUCCGCCCUGUUCGACUCUCUCGGAGCGAGCUACGGCGAGGAGAGCGAGGAGAGGCAUGUGGUGGAGCAGCAGCUGCUCUCGAGAGAGAUCCGGAACGUUCUGGCGGUCGGAGGGCCGUCGAGGAGCGGAGAGGUGAAGUUCCACAACUGGAGAGACAAGUUUCAGCAGAGUGGGUUCAGGGGGAUAUCUCUGGCUGGAAAUGCAGCAACCCAAGCGACCUUGCUGCUUGGGAUGUUUCCUUCUGAUGGGUACACUUUGGUGGAGGACAAUGGCACUCUCAAGCUUGGUUGGAAGGACCUUUGCUUGCUCACUGCUUCUGCCUGGAGGCCUCCCUUCCAUGCAACCACCAACCCCAACCUUCACUAUUGA